AUGGCGUCCAAUAAUACAACCUUUCCCGGCCCAAGUGAGCUGUCAGCCACGAAUCUUACCAAUGCCAUGGCGGCCAAUCAGACCUUCUUCGAGAAGCUAGCCAGUGUGCCGUCUACAUUAGUCGAGCAUAGCGACCUACUCGUACUCGAGACUCGCAUUGUCUUCACGGCGCUGGCUUGUAUCUACAUCGGAGCACAUGGCGCGCUCCGCCGGCCUCCCUCGGCAAGCUUGCCCAAGAAAAGCAAAAAAGGUGACAAGCAGAAGCCGGAGGAUGCUGAAGGUCAGUUCGUCCAAGGGUUGCUGCCCUCCGAUGCGAUUAUGUUUCCCAUCCUGGCUGGCACUGUCCUCAUCGGACUCUACUACCUGAUCAAGUGGCUUGAGGACCCAGAUAUCCUCAACACGAUCCUACGAGUCUACUUUUCAUUCAUGUCCUUUGCAAGCAUGGGGAAAUUGUUUGCGGACGGACUUCAGCUCUUGACUGGCUUCGUCUUCCCCACUGUUUGGACUGGUACGGAUGGGAAUCUGUACCACGUCGAUUCCGAGAAGAGGGGACAUUGGUACGCAGUUAAUGGCUCCCCAGACCGAGAAUGGGACGAGAAGAAGAAAUCGCCUCUUCCCGGUCGAUGGUCUGCGAUGCGUCUUUCCGGAGCAGCAAACUCGAUGCUUUGGGGAGUCCGCCACCUCCUAUUGGAGCAGUGGACCGUGCGCCUCUUCAUUCAUGGGAUCGUGAAUGAGAAUAUCAAGGUCAAGUUCAACGACAUAGUGGGGUUUGUCCUUGCUGUCGGCGCAAACUUGAUAUACUACACGACCAAGUCCACCUUCUUGUCCAAUAUCAUGGGUUAUGCCUUUUCGUAUGCGGGCAUAAUCCUGAUGUCACCCACCACCUUCGCUACCGGAAGUGGUGUGCUUUUCGGGCUCUUCUUCUACGACAUCGUUAUGGUCUUCUACACUCCGUACAUGGUAACGGUCGCCACUAAACUUGACGUACCUAUCAAGCUUGUAUUCGAGGGGCCCACCAAGGCCAGUAUGCUUGGACUUGGUGACAUAGUCAUUCCUGGCAUGUUUAUCGGACUGUGUCUCCGUUUCGACAACUACAUGCAUUACUACCGACAACGCAAACUCGUUCCUGUUGAGUUGAUAACAGAGGUCGAGUCGGCAGGUCACUUGGUCACAAAUCAGGAGACGCAGCGAAUGGUGGUCAAGCCAGAAUAUUUCAACCCACAAGGACAAUGGGGAGAUCGCUUCUGGGGUACAAAGUUUAGCAAUAUACUCUCACCGGACGCGACGCCAGCUUUGAAGGCUUCAGCAUUCCCUAAGACAUACUUCCAUGCAGCCAUGAUCGGAUAUCUACUUUCGAUGAUGACGACGUUGGUCAUGCUGCUAACUUUUAAGCAUGCCCAACCCGCCUUGCUUUACUUGGUUCCUGGCGUUGUUUUCGCCGUCUGGUUGACUGGUGCAGCGAGAGGCGAGCUUCGCGAGAUGUGGGCCUACACUGAAGACGGAAGCCUGGACAAGACGGACGUAAUUGUGGAGGUCGAUGGAAAUGGAGACAUCCUCAAGGAAGUCCAAGAUGACGAGAAGAAGGAACAAGAUUCAGCUGCAAAGAAGGACCAAGGUUCAGCCGCGAAGAAGGAUGCACCUUCACCGAGCGAUGCAGCUGAGGCUGACCCGUCAUCGAAGAAGAUAACGAAGCAGGGGGAACAGGAGAUAGAUGACAGGAAGGAAGCCAAGCGGCCCCGCUCUGGGAACUACUCGGUUUUCGUCCUCCGAGUCGAAGCACCUGCCCCCGGCCGGUAG